AUGCCGGGAGAGAAACUGAACGUAGCCAUUGUCGGUGCUGGCCUAUCAGGCCUCACCCUGGCUCUCGGCUUACACGACCAGGGCAUUACCUGUACAGUUUAUGAGUCUCGCCCCGGGCCCCUUAAUAUCGGAGGAGCAGUGAUGCUAUCCCCUAACGCCCUGAAAGUUCUCGAUGCCUUUCACCUAUACGACGAUCUCAGGACACAAGGAUUCAACUUUAGCCAGCUUCACUACAGAGAUGUUUCCGGCAAUCUCAUCGAGACUUACGAAUUUGGUAACAAGGCUGACUACAGCUAUGAGGCCCUGCGCAUUUACAGACAUGUCCUCAUCGAUACACUCUUGGCCGAGCUCAAACGCAAGAACAUACCCAUACAAUUUGGCGCCAAGUUCACCCACAUUACGGAGGAAGAUUCGAAUUCAGUCUCUUUCGCCUUCGCAGAUGGUUCCACUGGCACGGCCGAUAUACUCGUGGGUGCAGACGGAAUACACUCAAGAGUCCGAAAAUAUCUUUACCCAGAUCUCGAGCCCAAAUUCAUCGGGAUGGCAGCAACUACCGCGGCCGUGCCGACGGCCCAGCUGAAGCUACCGGAAGGAUACCACCUACCAGUCACCAUCUCCUCUCCCCAAGGAGCCUUCGUAAUCGCGCCCCAACAACUAGACGGAUCUGAGGUUCUCAUCGGAAAGCAGCGGCGGGUGGCAGAGCAGGACCGCGCAGCCUGGGAGAAGACUUUGGCCGACAAGGACGACGCCGUGCGCUUCCUCCAGCAGGACCAGGAGCACUUCUCCGAUGUCGUCCGGAACGCCGUCUCUCAUAUCGACCCCGAAAAUAUUAAUGUUUGGCCGUUCUUCGUCGUGCCCAAACUCGAUCGUUGGGCCUCCGAGAAGCGCCGCGUGAUCAUUCUGGGCGAUGCUGCUCACGCUAUUCCGCCUUCGGCUGGCCAGGGAAUAAAUCAGGCCUUUGAGGACGUCUACAUUCUCGCACUGCUCCUGGGUCGAUCGAGUGAAAUCCCCAACCUGCAGGAUGCGCUGAGCUUCUGGCAGUCGUACCGACAAGGACGGGUGGACAAGGUGUUCGAGCUGAACAAGCAAAUUGAUCUGAGGCGGAUGCCUGCCGACGACGCUGUCUCCCGGGGAGGGCAGUGGGAUUCAGAAAGAAGAUUUUGA